AUGGCGGACACCAACAACGCAAGCGUUCAGGAUGAAAAAGGUGAUUUCACAAAGUAUUUUGUACACAAGGUCCCAGGACUGUACAUUGCCAUCGACCCCAAGAACGACAACGGUCAAACGUCGGUAGUCAGAUACGGCGAGAAGGACAACCGCAUCUACCCGGUAUGGGACUCUACAUGGGACCGGACACCGGACACUAUUCGCAUGCCGAAAUACCAGGCCCUUUUGACCACCAAUGGUCCCCACAACGUUCUUGCUAUACCCGCACAGCUAGAGCAGACGCUUGCGGUGCAUCAUAGCCCACCUGGGUGCCAACAGACCACUAUUUACAUACAUCCAAUGGAGAGUGUUGACCAACACAUUCCAAAUUAUAUGAGGGAGCUGAGUGCACCGGAUGAGUCCGAGGAGGAGCUUGCCAAACCGAUUCCCCCUUCUGCCACUCAAUCAGGUGAGGAGGAUGCACGCAGGAAGAAGCUCGGUAUCAUGGUGAGCUCUGCUUCAGAGCGCAAUGGGGGUGACGACCAGGAUAAAGGACGCCCAUUCAUCGACUUAUCUGGUCCUGCUGAUCCAUCCGGUGCUGACUCUGGAGACACCAGCGACGGUGAGUACUAUACACUGCCAUCUGAUACCUCUUCGCGGAGACGGCACGAUGCUAAUCAAGCUCUAGUACCAUUCCUAUACGUCCACGAGCACCAUUCAUCCAACGCAAAGCUAACAUUCGGCUCUCAAAGCACCCUACAAGUGAUCCGCGAAAAGAAGAAAUCCGACGACCUUGUCCUUUACCUCAAAGAACAGGACGGCGACCCACUUCCCUAUGUCGAAUACUACCGUUUCAAGCACGGCUACACGCUGCGUUUCAAUGACUGCGGUGCGACGGUUCAGAAGAAGCGGCCGAAGACCACAGAUAGCAGCACCGCUACCACAGAAGGGAAGAAAACGAAGAGCAAGGCGAACAAGGCGAACAAGAAAACCACUGGAGGCGACACGAGUAAGAAGGAACCCAGUAUGCCUCAGACCUGGGAGGUUCUGUGGUACAAGGAAUUCCACGUCUACUUCCCACCCGACCGCUGGAACACCGGAUAUCACCACGACACCUGGACGCACGACUACAAAGACGGGUACGGUACAUACGACGAAGCGCAAGCAAAGCAUAAUAUAGUGAACUUCCCACUAUUCAUGGAUGAGCUGGAGAAACGUUUCCGGGACGAGAAAGUCGAAGAACAAGAAGAAAAAGCGGGAAAGAGCAAGAGGAAAGGAAGGAAGAGAGAAAAGGCCGCACCGAAGCCCGAACUGGAAGACGGAGAGGGAGGGAAAGUGCAGAUUUUCAGGCGCAGGAAGGAAGGAGAGGUGCUUGUUCCUGAUAUUAGUGUGAGAGUGACCAGGGAGGAAGAGGAGCGGAUUAUGCAGGAGAGGGCGGGUGAAGGGGUGAUCGAUGACGGAGAUGGGGUUGCGGAAGAGGGGGUUAAGCAAGCUGUAGGGAAGGGAAGAGAUGAGGGUGUAGAGGAGGGGGAUGAUCUGAUGGAGACGGAAAUGGUCAUGGAAUAG